AUGAGAUUCAGGCCAGCCAAACUCAUCCUAGAACCGGAACGAGAAGAGACCAUCCGCAAAGGAACACCCGGUCCGACGAUGAGAUCCAAUAGGAGGACGUCCAAGAGGAUGAGGCCAGAUCCGCAUACCGUCCAAGAAGAGGUCCUAGAACCUGAGAUCCAGAAAGUAAGAUUUGCUGCUACUAAUUUCUCUGGCUAUGCUAUUAAUUGGUAUGAUCAAGUUUUGAACCACAAGAGGAGAACAGGUGAACGGCCGAUUGAGACAUGGGACGAGCUUACCGAGCUGAUGAGGAAACGUUUCGUACCUUCUCACUAUCACCGCGACCUCCACCAGAAGCUAAGACGCUUGCUUCAAGGAACCAACUCUGUGGAAGACUAUUACCAAGGGAUAGAGAUCUUGAUGAUCAAGACUGACACGGAUGAGCCUUUGGAAGCCACCAUGGCUCGAUUUCUUUCAGGCCUCAACCGUGACAUCCAAGACCGUAUGGAGCUUCAAGAGUAUGGUAGUGUGGAACAGAUGCUACACAAAGCCAUCUUGAUCGAGCAACAACUCAAGAGGAAUAGUUUCUCAAAACCGGCCAUUACUUCCAAAAACCGGUCUUCUCUCCUAAACCGGUCUUUGCUCCUAAACCAAGCUACCAAGACAAAGGCAGUGGAGACUUCUGGCCGAGCAAGAGACAUUAGGUGCUUCAAGUGUCAAGGCCUAGGACACUUCGCCAAAAAUUGUCCCAACCAACGGGUGAUGAUUCUCAUGGAAAAUGCAGAAGUUGAAUCUGAGAAUGAACAGGAGGAUCUGGUUCCAAUCUUUGAUGAUGAGGACGAGUCAUUUGGAUAUCCACAUCACGGGCCACUACUCGUUGCUAGGAAAAGCAUGGUGGAGUCAAUCUUUGAUGAGACGGACAGCCGCUUGGUCGAUGAUUCUGAUCCGACCUUUGAUGUUGACUCCGAUCCGAUCUUUGAUGAAAAGGUUUGCUUCGACUAUCCAGCUCAUGGUCCUCUACUUGUCACAAGAAGAUCUUUGAGUGUUCAACCCAAAACCAAUGAAAAAGAACAAAGGGAUAAUCUUUUUCAUUCUCGUUGUUUAGUUUCUGAAAAGGUCUGUUCUUUGAUUAUUGAUGGUGGGAGUUGUACUAAUGUUGCUAGUGACAGUCUUGUCAGGAAACUAGGGCUUGCUACUCGGCCUCUCUCUCGUCCUUUCAGGUUGGAAUGGCUAAACGAGGCUGGAGAACAGUAUCUGAAAGAACAAGUUACCGUCCCCAUUACCAUUGGCCGAUAUGAGGACGAGGUCAUUUGCAACGUUCUUCCUAUGGACGCAUGCCACAUUCUCUUUGGAAAGAAGAUCACACUGGUUCCUUUGACCCCUUUGGAGGUCCAUCAAGAUCAGGUCCAACUCAAGAGGAGCCGUGACAAAGAAUCCAAGCCAGAUGAACACGAAUCAUCCCAACGGAACUCCAAUUUCUAUAUCAAGCCAAGUCAGGAGUAUUCUGAUGUAUUUCCAGAUGAGAAUCCUAAAGGAUUGCCACCAGUACGAGGCAUUGAACAUCAGAUAGACCUUGUUCCAGGAGCGUCUCUGCCAAACCGACCAGCUUACCGUACCAAUCCGGUGGAGACCAAGGAACUUCAGAAGCAGAUUGGUGACCUUCUUGAGAAAGGCUACAUCCGGGAGAGCCUCAAUCCUUGUGCCAUUCAUGUCCUUCUUGUGCCCAAAAAGGAUGGCUCGUGGCGCAUGUGUUUGGACUGCCGUGCCAUCAACAACAUCACAGUAAAGUAUAUGCAUCCCAUUCCUAGGCUAGACGACAUGCUUGAUGAGUUGCAUGGAUCAUGUGUCUUCUCUAAAAUUGAUUUGAAAAGUGGCUAUCACCAGAUUAGGAUGAAAGAAGGUGAUGAGUGGAAAACUGCAUUUAAAACAAAGUUAGGAUUGUAUGAGUGGCUUGUUAUGCCAUUUGGUCUUACUAAUGCACCUAGCACUUUUAUGCAUUUGAUGAAUCAUGUGCUGAAGGACUUAGAGUGGACGAGGAGAAAAUCAAAGCCAUCCGAGACUGGCCAAGUCCAUCGACCGUGGGCGAGGUAA